AUGUCUCUCUCUGUAGCUUUUUUCUUCUUAAUCACUAAAUUCUUUACGUAUCUUCUCACUGUAAUUUGCAACUAUUUCCGCGAAUUCUUUAUAUUUUGUUGGACAUUUCUUUUUUUCCUUUCUUUCUUUCAUUAUUCUUUCUUUCUUUCUUUCUUUCUUUCUUUCUUUCUUAUUUUUUCUUCUUUUAUGCUACUUUUACUUUCUUCUUCUUCAUCAUCUUCUUUCUUUCACUCUACACUUUCUUCUUCUUUUUUUUUUUUUUACAGUUUCCCUAUUUCUUUCUUUCUUCUUCCUUUCUUUAUUCAUCCUUUUUUCUUUUUAUUUUCUUUUUUAUUUUUCACACUUUCUUUUUUCUAUAUUUCGUAUCAUUUCUGUUUUUCUUUCUUUCUUCCUCUCUUUCUUGAAACUUUUCUUGAAUUUCCCUAUCUACUUGUAAGUUCUUUAAAUAUUUCCUUUCUUUCUUCUUUCUUUCUUUCCCUCUUCUUUCUUUCUUUCUUUCUUUUCAAUUUCUUUCUUCUCCAUUAUUUUCUCUUUCUUUCUUCUUUCUUUCUUUCCUUCUUUCUUAAUUCUUUAUUUCUUCUUUCAUACUGUUUUUCUUUCUUUCUUACUUUCUUUUUUCUUUCUUUAUUAUUCUUCAUCUUUCCUUCUUUCUUCUUUUUUCUUUCUUUCCCCAACUUUCACAUUAUACCUUCUAUAUGUCAUUGUUUUCUUCUUCAUCGUCAUUGCAUUCUUUUUGUUUCUUUCCUUUACCCUCAACUCAGAUAUUGUUGGGAAUUCAACGCUUUCUUUUCAUCCAAUUUCCUUAAAUUGUUCUCCAGCGUCCAAUCAGUUUCCCCUGCUAUGUAUUCCCAGCAUUGCCCUCGUCGCCGCUUUCUCUAUCAUGGCCGCAUCUCCCCGCGAAAGGAAAGGACUAUACCUCAACUGCAAUUUCUCUUUCCCGUCUCUUCGCCUAGCGAGAGAAAAGGACGAACCAUCAAAUACAAGUUCUCUUUUCCGUCUCUUCGCAUAGCGAAAGGAAAGGACUAUACCUCAACGGCAAUUUCUCUUUCCCCGAGAGAAAAGGACGAACCAUCAAAUACAAGUUCUCUUUUUUCCGUCUCUUCGCAUAGCGAAAGAAAAGGACUGCAAUUUCUCUUUUCCGUCUCUUCGCCUAGCGAGAGAAAAAGGACAACCAUCAAAUCAAGUUUCUUUUCCGUCUCUUCGCAUAGCGAAAGGAAAGGACUAUACCUCAACUGCAAUUUCUCUUUCCCGUCUCUUCGCCUAGCGAGAAAAAGGACGAACCAUCAAAUACAAGUUCUCUUUUCCGUCUCUUCGCAUAGCGAAAGGAAAGGACUAUACCUCAACUGCAAUAUCUCUCUUCCAGAAAAGGACGAACCAUCAAAUACAAGUUCUCUUUUUCCGUCUCUUCGCAUAGCGAAAGGAAAGGACUAUACCUCAACUGCAAUUUCUCUUCCCGUCUCAUCGCCUAGCGAGAGAAAAGGACGAACCAUCAAAUACAAGUUCUCUUUUCCGUCUCUUCGCAUAGCGAAAGGAAAGGACUAUACCUCAACUGCAAUUUCUCUUUCCCCGAGAGAAAAGGACGAACCAUCAAAUACAAGUUCUCUUUUUCCGUCUCUUCGCAUAGCGAAAGGAAAGGACUAUACCUCAACUGCAAUUUCUCUUUUCCGUCUCAUCGCCUCGCGAGAGAAAAGGACGAACCAUCAAAUACAACGAAAGGAAAGGACUAUACCUCAACUGCAAUUUCUCUUUUCCGUCUCUUCGCCUAGCGAGAGAAAAGGACGAACCAUCAAAUACAAGUUCUCUUUUUCCGUCUCUUCGCAUAGCGAAAGGAAAGGACUAUACCUCAACUGCAAUUUCUCUUUCCCUCGAAAGGAAAGGACUAUACCUCAACGGCAAUAUCUCUCUUCCGUCUCAUCGCCUCGCGAGAGAAAAGGACGAACCAUCAAAUACAAGUUCUCUUUUCCGUCUCUUCGCAUAGCGAAAGGAAAGGACUAUACCUCAACGGCAAUUUCUCUUUCCGUCUCAUCGCCUAGCGAGAGAAAAGGACGAACCAUCAAAUACAAGUUCUUCGCAUUUUUUCCGUCUCUUCGCAUAGCGAAAGAAAAGGACUAUACCUCAACUGCGAAGAAAAGGACGAACCAUCAAAUACAAGUUCUCUUUUCCGUCUCUUCGCAUAGCGAAAGGAAAGGACUAUACCUCAACGGCAAUUUCUCUUUCCCGUCUCUUCGCCUAGCGAGAGAAAAGGACGAACCAUCAAAUACAACGAAAGGAAAGGACUAUACCUCAACUGCAAUUUCUCUUUUCCGUCUCAUCGCCUCGCGAGAAGAAAAAGGACGAACCAUCAAAUACAAGUUCUCUUUUCCGUCUCUUCGCAUAGCGAAAGGAAAGGACUAUACCUCAACUGCAAUUCUCUUUUCCGUCUCUUCGCCUCGCGAGAGAAAAGGACGAACCAUCAAAUACAACGAGAGAAAAGGACCGUCUCUUCGCAUAGCCAAAGGAAAUAUACCUCAACUGUUUCUCUUUUCUCUUCGCCUCUCAAAUAAAGUUCUAUUUUCCGUCUCUUCGCAUAGCGAAAGGAAAGGACUAUACCUCAACUGCAAUUUCUGCUCUUCGCCUAGCGAGAGAAAAGGACGAACCAUCAAAUUUCUCUUUUCCGUCUCUUCGCAUAGCGAAAGGAAAGGACUAUACCUCAACGCAAUUUCUCUUUUCCCCAACUGCAAUUUCUCUUCCCGUCUCUUCGCCCUAGCGAGAGAAAAGGACGAACCAUCAAAUAAAAGUUCUCUUUUCCGUCUCUUCGCACUGCGAAAGGAAAGGACUAUACCUCAACUGCAAUUUCUCUUUCCGUCUCAUCGCCUAGCGAGAGAAAAAGGACGAACCAUCAAAUACAAGUUCUCUUUUCCGUCUCUUCGCAUAGCGAAAGGAAGGACUAUACCUCAACUGCAAUUUCUCUUUCCCGUCUCUUCGCCUAAGAGAAAAGGACGAACCAUCAAAUACAAGUUCUCUUCCGUCUCUUCGCAUAGCGAAAGGAAAGGACUAUACCUCAACUGCAAUUUCUCUUUCCCGUCUCUUCGCCUAGCGAGAAAAAGGACGAACCAUCAAAUACAAGUUCUCUUUUCCGUCUCUUCGCAUAGCGAAAGGAAAGGACUAUACCUCAACUGCAAUUUCUCUUUCCCGUCUCAUCGCCUAGCGAGAGAAAAGGACGAACCAUCAAAUACAAGUUCUCUUUUCCCGAGAGAAAAGGACGAACCAUCAAAUACAAGUUCUUUUUCCGUCUCUUCGCAUAGCGAAAGGAAAGGACUAUACCUCAACUGCAAUUUCUUUCCCGUCUCUUCGCCUAGCGAGAGAAAAGGACGAACCAUCAAAUACAAGUUCUCUUUUCCGUCUCUUCGCAUAGCGAAAGGAAAGGACUAUACCUCAACUGCAAUUUCUCUUUCCCCGAAAGGAAAGGACUAUACCUCAACUGCAAUUUCUCUUUCCCGUCUCAUCGCCUGGCGAGAGAAAAAGGACGAACCAUCAAAUACAAGAAAGGACUAUACCUCAACUGCGAGAGAAAAAGGACGAACCAUCAAAUACAAGUUCUCUUUUUCCGUCUCUUCGCAUAGCGAAAGGAAAGGACUAUACCUCAACUGCAAUUUCUCUUUCCCGUCUCAUCGCCUAGCGAGAGAAAAGGACGAACCAUCAAAUUUCUCUUUUCCGUCUCUUCGCAUAGCGAAAGGAAAGGACUAUACCUCAACUGCAAUUUCUUCCUGUCUCUUCGCCCAAGCGAGAGAAAAGGACGAACCAUCAAAUACAAGUUCUCUUUUUUCCGUCUCUUCGCAUAGCGAAAGGAAAGGACUAUACCUCAACUGCAAUUUCUCUUUCCCUGUCUCAUCGCCUAGCGAGAGAAAGGACGAACCAUCAAAUACAAGUUCUCUUUUUUCCGUCUCUUCGCAUAGCGAAAGGAAAGGACUAUACCUCAACUGCAAUUUCUCUUUCCCGUCUCUUCGCCUAGCGAGAGAAAAAAGGACGAACCAUCAAAUACAAGUUCUUUUUUCCGUCUCUUCGCAUAGCGAAAGGAAAGGACUAUACCUCAACUGCAAUUUCUCUUUCCCGUCUCAUCGCCUAGCGAGAGAAAAGGACGAACCAUCAAAUACAAGUUCUCUUUUUCCGUCUCUUCGCAUAGCGAAAGGAAAGGACUAUACCUCAACUGCAAUUUCCCCGUCUCAUCGCCUAGCGAGAGAGAAAAGGACGAACCAUCAAAUAAAGUUCUCUUUUCCGAAAGGAAAGGACUCUCAACUUCUCUUUCCCGUCUCUAGCCUACCGAAAAAAAGGAAACCAUCAAAUACAAGUUCUUCUUUUCCGUCUCUUCGCAUAGCGAAAGGAAGGACUAUACCUCAACUAUUUCCCGAAAGGGAUAUACCUAACUGCGAGAGAAAAAAGGACGAACCAUCAAAUACAAGUUCUCUUUCCGUCUCUUCGCAUAGCGAAAGGAAAGGACUAUACCUCAACUGCAAUUUCUCUUUUCCCGUCCCGCCUCGAGAGAAAAGGACGAACCAUCAAAUACCUCUUUUUCCGCGCAUAGCGAAAGGAAAGGAAAACUCGAGAAAAAAGGACGUACCAUCAAAUACAAGUUCUCUUUUUCCGUCUCUUCGCAUAGCGAAAGGAAAGGACUAUACCUCAACUGCAAUUUCUCUUUCCUGUCUCUUCGCUGAAAAGAGAGAAAAAGGACGAACCAUCAAAUACAAGUUCUCUUUUUUCCCGAGAGAAAAGGACGAACCAUCAAAUACAAGUUCUCUUUUUCCGUCUCCAUCAAAUAUACCUCAACUGUUUCUCUUUCCCGUCUUUCGCCUCAAAUACAAGUUCUCUUUUCCGUCUCUUCGCAUAGCGAAAGGAAAGGAAAUUUCUCUUCCCGUCUCUUCGCCUCUAGCGAGAAAAAGGACGAACCAUCAAAUACAAGUUCUCUUUCCGUCUCUUCGCAUAGCGAAAGAAAGGACUAUACCACAACUGCAAUUUCUCUUUCCUGUCUCUUCGCCUAGCGAGAGAAAAAGGACGAACCAUCAAAUACAAGUUCUCUUUUCCGUCUCUUCGCAUAGCGAAAGGAAAGGACUAUACCUCAACUGUCUCUUUCCCGUCUCUUCGCCUAGCGAGAAAAAAGGACGAACCAUCAAAUACAAGUUCUCUUUUUCCGUCUCUUCGCAUAGCGAAAGGAAAGGACUAUACCUCAACUGCAAUUUCUCUUUCCUCGAGAGAAAAGGACGAACCAUCAAAUACAAGUUCUCUUUUCCGUCUCUUCGCAUAGCGAAAGGAAAGGACUAUACCUCAACUGCAAUAUCUCUCUUCCGUCUCAUCGCCUCGCGAGAGAAACGAAUGAAGACAAAACAAAGUGCCUACCGUACCACGACACUUAGCGCUUUCGUCGUGCAAACUACCUCGCUUUUUCACAUAUUAAUUCAAUAG